CCAGACAACACAAACAGAAGGAGGGAAGAAAGGAGCCGACAUCUCUCCAGACUCAGAUAAUUAUUGCAAGUUUUAAUUCAAUCGUAUUAAAUAAAAUAGCGCAAGACCAUGAAGGAAAUUACAGAAGAUGACAGCGACAUGAUGCAUGACAAUAAUGGAGAGAAGGAGGAAGGAGAUUUUCCCGUCUCGAGCAAAGCUAUUCGAAAGAUUAUAUUGACUCAUAAAGGUGUUUUAGACAUUGGCUGGGAAAACAUUUCGCAGGUGACUUUAAGUCAUCCCAAAAGUGAAAAAAUGUGUACAUAUUUUGUUGAUACAAGAACCCCGUCUUCGGAAGAGUUAAAUUCGGCUCCAUUUAUUUUUGAAGUAAUGACGAUGGAACAAGAUACUAGGAGUUGGUUUAUUGACGACCAAGUUAUUUCCGAUGGGAAUAUUUAUGUUUGCACUCCGAUGGAUCCGUUAUUCAUGGUACUGCCUGCAUUGUUGAAGACAACUCGGGCUAUGCAAAUUAAGGACCAUUUGCUUGAAAUCAUUAAAGAACCGAAAGUUAUUGAUGCCGUAUUUUCACGUUUAUCUACUUCAAAUCAGCUCGAAAAUAUUUCUAAUAAAAUUGUUUGUGACGAUAUAAUUGCGUAUAAAUUUAUUGAAGAUAAGGCGUUGAAGUGGUUAAAGUCUAAGGUACAUAAUACGUCAGAAUUUUUAAAGUCUGAGGACAUUACAGGGUCUGAGGCAUCUGUUUCUUCAAAUUUCACAAAAAGUGUCACCACUGAGACAAAAGAGGAGGAAUACACUAGAUACGCAUCGGAGAUUAUUGGAGAAUACUUGCCAGAUAAUUUGAAGAAGAAACUAUUUGAAAGUCUUGGAUUGCCAUUUGUUCAAGAAAAGGUGGUCACUAAACGAAAAAGUGAGUUGGAAACGGAUCGUUCAAACAACAAAAAGUUAAAAGUGGCUGAUGUAAAUGGAGAAUGUGUUCAACCUACCGAAGAUUAUGGCACCUCGUCACCAUCAAACAUCAACAAUCCGAAACUGAAAGCCAAGGACAAGGAACUGCAAAAGGCUGCUAAAGGGACACAUUCAUUAUUUAAAUUCUUCGCUGCUAAACCCAAGUAGUUAUGAUUAUGUAUGAUUAGUUAUAUGGUUUUUAGAUGAUAUAUGCAAGUAUGAUUCCUUUGUUGGGUGGGUUUGAAACUUUUCAAAACUACUUUGUAAUAUGUAAUUUAAGACACGUUUAUGUUUCUUUACUAAAGUGUGUCCUGAAACACUUAUCGUUGUUAUGUUUAUCUCUUUAAAAGUGAUGCCCAUACCCCAUAACGCGUUUUUAUUAGUAUCCAUGCUGCGUAUCCCAUCCCAUUCAUGUCCGUCCUUGUUCCACAAACGGAGCGGAUGACCAGACUGAUGAAAUCUAGGCCAUGGAGGAAGUCAUAAUAAAAUUGGAGCUUGACACUUUGAUAAACUGCCGUGAUUUGCCCAUCGUGUUUUGUGUGAAUAAUCCCCAUGAAUUUAUUCCGCUUUUGACUGAAUUCUCCCCUUUAUGCAAAUUAGUUAUCACAGAUAUAUAUGUACUAUUUCAUUAAACUCAUCCUUAUAUUAACGAAAAUCAGACUGAAAGUUUGCACAAACCUUGAAGUAAUAAAUAAAUAUUCAUGUAUUUUAUCCACAUGAAGCAUGAGAAAAUGCA